AUGCUUCCGUCCUCACCCCUCGCCAAAGUACAAAGGAACAGAGACCCUCGAAACACAUUGAUGGUACCAGUGUUCGAUACAAGGUCUGAGACAGUGUCUCAAGGUCCACGUGUCUACCGUUCCGCCGACACACCCAAGGAAAGUGUUUCGUCCAUCCCAGGCACUAUGAAGAUCAUCGUCGGGCCAGAGCCAGAGCCAAACAACCAACGAACCUGGUAUCUACCUAAAGCAAAGUUGUCACGGUACUCUGACAUCUUCAAAUCUAUCAUCGCCGCAGACGACGCAGUAUCAGAAGUUGAACUGCCAACUAUCAGUCCCAACUCCUUUGCCGAGUUCGUCUCAUUCAUGCACUCAAAUAUUUACAGCACCAACACACAGGUCGCCGGGUACCGUGGUAUACGAGCACACGCGGAUUCAUGUCUCCUUGCCGCCAAGCUAGAAGCAGAUGAGUACUGGGAAGCAGCAAUGCGAAAACUAUACGAUCUAUUCCUACCGCUCGCCAAAUCUAGAAGAUCUGACGCCAAACAAUCUCUCAUUCGAGCCGGUGAUAUUGCAUACAUAUGUGUCAAUACCACAGAAGAGAACCUACGAUGUGUGGUAACCAUCAACUCGGAACCUCUCACAAGCGACAAUCCCUUGAACCCGCGGAUCAAGCUCACUACCUAUAAUGGUUCCUCCAGCGCUCCUCCUGCACCCCCUAAGGGAGGCUACCACAGUCACGAUGUCGGCGCCAUGAAAGGACUACGCACACUCUUCUUUGACGCCCUGGCUUCACACUGGACACGUAGUGAUGUGAUCUACCUCGGCACAGAAGGCUCACCACGCGGCGGUGGUAGCAAUAAGAACGACGUUUCUGGUGAUAGCACCACAUGGCGACAAGUAUGUGACAUGUACCCGGACUUUCACUUCCAUAUCGCCAAGACUUCUGAUGUGCAGCAUUGGUGGAGGACAUCUUUGCUCAAGAAUAUUAAUACUUAUCUUAACCCGGUCGGUAUACAAUUCGUUGGUGGGCCGGGAGGUGAGAGUAGUGAGGGUGCUGUAGUCAGAAAGGAGGCUGUUGAUAAGAUCAAGAUCAAAGUGGAAGAGGUUGAGGCAGAUGAAGAGCUGGGGAUGGAGCCGGCAACGCGACGUCCUAGGCUCACACUCAGACUGGAAGGAUCGAAUGGAAGUACCAGUGGGGAUGAAGUUGACUAUUUAGAGCAGGCGUCGAGUAAUGCUGGGGGCGAGGAUGGGAAGAUUGAGGGGGGCGUUGACAGUGAUAGAAGCACGGUUGUAGAUGGAGGGUCUGAGGGCGAAGAGGUAGCACCUCAAGAUGCAGAUGAGGAUCAGGAUUAG